UAUAGCUGCACUUCAAAGUGGUAACACAAGUACAACCAUGCAAAACAGUCCUUCUGAGGCGUUACCGCAGGAUUCAUAUGGUUUGUAUCGACAGUUUACUACUCAAGGCGAACAGUCUCUGAGUCAAGUUAUAUCCUAUUUUGUCGAAAGGCAUCGAAUUGAGACGAUAUACAGCGAUUCAUUAGAAAAACUUUCCAAGAAAACCACCAUAGACUUGGGAUCCUUUCAACCUGGAACAACAAAAACAAUCUCGGAAGCAUGGCGUCGCAUAGGAGAUUGCACUGGUGUGCUCAUGACUGAACAUCAAAAGCUUACCCACAUGCUUGACGGCAUUGUGGAUGAGCUUUCCAAAGAACAGCAUGCACAGGAAAAGGCGCUAAAGUUGCUUCGUGCAGAUGUCAAGGCCACUCACAGGGAAUACAGUGAUUUGAGAUACCAUACAGUGCCAAAGGCCAAAUCCAGCUACUACAAAAAAUGCGAGGCAGCUGAAAAAGAGCCAAAAGAGACUGUCCCUGGCGGGGGAACAUCUCAAAAAUAUCUCAAGUUGAUCAAGGAAGCAACUUUGGCAGACCAAGUAUAUCGAUCUUCCAUUCACUAUAUUGAAGAGGCAAGGGAGAAGCUACAUAUUGCUCGUCAAAAAGCAAAGAUUGAAGGAGAGCGGAUUGAAAAAAAAAGAAUCGUGACUACAAAACGUGUUUUAGGCACGUAUUGUGAUGCUGAAUACUCCAUCUGUCAUCAGCGUACAAAGGAAAUUGAGUCGCUAAAGCUGUACGUUGAAUGUGUCAAGGAAGAUAUUGACGUAUCAUUGCAUAAGCAAGACUUUCAACGGGCUUGGCCAGAACCAGAUCCUGUCUAUU